AUGCCGAUCAACAGACAGUGGACCUAUCUAGUUGCAGUCCUCGAGCUGCCUGAUUAUAAGGUCCCCGAGGAACCUCGAGGCACUGUACUCCUGGAGGGGGAAUCCACUCCAAUCAUCUCGCGGAUUGUCGGGUCAUUCGAUCCUGCAAAGACACAUCACGCGUCCUCGAGUUCAAGUGUCUACCAAGCAUCUUGUGGGACGGAAGUCAUCUACUCGUAUUACCCAUUCAUCUCGGCAGAUGCGAUUCAUCAAAUCCUGUUGGAAGAUUUGCACUACUUGGAAAGACUGGGGUGUUACCGACUACCGUCAAGACCUUCGCUGGACGAGUUCGUCAAGGCAUACUUUCGUUAUGUCCAUCCACAUCAACCCAUCUUGGAUGAAGGCGAUUUCUGGCGAGCCUACACAAGGCCUUUAGCGUCAUCUAGAAAGACCUUCUCCAUCUUUGUCUUCCAAGCAAUGCUUUUUGCUGCAUGCACUUUUGUUCCGUUCUCAACGAUCGAUCGACUUGGCUUCAGCAGUUUCCAAACUGCCCGUGCAACAUUUUACCGUCGUGCCAAGGCCCUGUUCCAUAUAGAUUCGAACAGAGAUACCCUAUCUAGUGCUCAGGGCGCCCUUCUGCUUACCUACUAUGUCUCUGCCUCUGAUGCAAAAGUGAACAGUCACUGGCUGAGCAAUGCCAUCUGUCUAGCCAAACUAGCUGAUGCUCAUCAAAGUGAAGGCCUUAAAACGACUUCCAUCGAACGCCGGACUCAAUUAAAGCGGCUCUGGUGUUGCUGCCUGCUUCGAGACAGAAUCCUGGCACUCGGACUAAGCAGACCCAUGCAGAUUGACGGGGAUGAGGAUGUCCUCUUUGGUGUCGAAGACAGACUUCUUCACGCAACAACAAAGGAUUCGAUGGUGUAUGAAUCCAGCACGAUAUCAAAUCUGAUGAAGUCCUUCACUUCGCUUUGUGAUCUGGCCGCCUCGCUGAGGCAAACCCUCAAAAUCCUGCCACUGCAUUGCACAGGACCUAUAUCUGCGGAGGUGGAGACAACUCUAAGUAGAGUACAGGCAUGUUCAGAACAGCUCGAUCACUGGUUCACAGAAGCGAAAGCCAGCUGCCAUAUGGAUGGCCUUGCCGACGAUGCUGUCACGUUGCACAACAACGUCAUCUACGUCUACUACCACUCGGCCAAAAUAGGACUAUGGAACCACGCAAAUUAUGUUUCGAGCACACACGGCUGCGCAGUACAUGUGAAGUUCUCUCAUGGCCAUAGGGAAGUGGAAGCUGCCAUACACGGCAUCGACGCGAAUCUGCAGCAGAUCGCGGAACAUAAUCUGCUACAAUUCAUGCCUGUUACCAUUGUUGCAUACAUCGCCAUGCCCCUGGUCUGGCAUAUUUCGAAUGUGAAGCUGAACCGGCAGGGGCAUUCAGCCAGUUCCCGCAAACGUUUGAGCGUCUAUUUGACCGCCCUCAACAUCCUCAAAGAACGAUACGAGGGAGUCGAUCGAGUCCUGAGCCAUAUCCGUCAAGUGGUCACCUACCUCGAUACACGAGACGACACGCUCUUCUCGCAGUCAUCGCACGAUCGCGGCCUCGGCGAAUCGGUUCCCACCAGCAUGGACGGAGCCAAUAUACUCACAUGCAUGCCUCAAUUCUUCCUCCGAAUCAUGGUCAUUGUGCAGCUGGCCUUGGCACAGGGGCAGUACCCUGAAGAAAACGAGCUGCCAACAUCACUAGGCUCUCCCACGGGAAACCCCACCCACAGCAUGUGUACAUGCGUUUCGGAUGAUUGGAGCCUACCGGAUUUGGGAGACGCCUUCGAGGCCAUCACAGACUCCACGCCCCUUGGCGGUACACCUAGGUCAGACCAAGCAGAAAACAUGUGUUUUGAUGGUGAUGCUGCCGAGAAGACUAACGCUCUGGCAAGUACGAUUGAAUUCGACGACUUCUUUAAUCUGUCCUACGACGCGCAUUGUAGGAACACAGACAGUAUUGGUUAGAUCUGCCACCAGUAAUGCAGAAGGACUGGAUCCGGCAGCAAACAUGCCAGGCCGGAGAAGAUAGCCGCUUAGUAUUGUUAGGAUCGCAUGUGCUCUUCCGACCUGCACAGAGAUUGCCUGUCCUUACUGUCUCCUUUCUGACUUCUCGAUAAAAGCAAUGCAUGAAAGUUUGCAGCCCAACCGUCACAUCAUGGAAAGCUUCAGCCUGCUGGGGUUGGUAUUCAUGUCCCGCCCAACACCCUACUGUUG